AUGUCGCUGUUGAAGAUAUUUGGAAAAGGAAAAGGAGAGAAGAAGCCAACGCCACAAGACGCGAUCCAGAAGCUCCGGGAAACGGAAGACAUGUUGAUAAAGAAGCAGGAGUUUCUGGAGAAGAAGAUCUCACAGGAGCUGAGCACAGCCAAGAAGUAUGGCACGAAAAACAAACGAGCGGCGCUCAUGGCUCUGAAGAGGAAAAAGCGUUUGGAGAAACAGUUGGAGCAGAUCGAUGGAACUCUGUCCACGAUCGAGUUCCAGAGAGAAGCUUUAGAGAACGCUAACACCAACACAGAGGUGCUGAAGAACAUGGGCUACGCUGCUAAGGCCCUGAAGGAGGCACACAACAGCAUGAACGUAGAUGACGUCCAUGACCUGAUGGAUGACAUCGCUGAGCAGCAGGAACUCGCCACCGAGAUUUCCACUGCCAUCUCCACUCCGGCCGGGUUCGGCAUGGACAUGGACGAGGACGAGUUGUUGGCUGAACUGGAAGAACUGGAGCAGGAAGAUCUGGAUGAGAAGAUGUUGGACGUGGAAGGACCCAUGGACCCUCUGCCCAGUGUCCCCUCCACCUCUCUGCCCACAAACCCAGCCAAGAAGAAGGAGGAGGAGGACGACGAGAUGGCGGAGCUGGCGGCGUGGGCGAACUAA